AUGAUGUGUCCAUUAUCUAUCUUUUCUCUUGCUCGUCGACAUUUUUUCUUUCACAUUAUAAUUUCUAGUGAUAUUCUUUUCUCUCUACUGCUACUUUUAUUGUCCCUUCAUUUUCUCCGCUGUUAUAUUUUAACUUUUGAAAUUCAAUCUUUCUCCUUACUGCUCUCACACGUUCGGUCAAUUUCAUUCUUUUCGUAUCUAUCUAUCUAUCUAUCUAUCUAUCUAUCUAUCUAUCUAUCUAUCUAUCUAUCGAUCAAUUUCACUCUUUUCCUAUCUAUCUAUCUCUCUAUCUCUCUAUCUAUCUAUCUAUCUAUCUAUCUAUCUAUCUAUCUAUCUAUCGAUCAAUUUCACUCUUUUCCUAUCUAUCUAUCUAUCUAUCUACCUAUCUAUCUAUCUGAUUCUGUUAUCUAUCUAUCUAUCUAUCUAUCUAUCUAUCUAUCUAUCUAUCUAUCUUACUCUCUUUGUUUAUGCAUAUCCUUUUUCCUUUCUUUCUCUCGUGCUCUCUCUCUCUCUUUAUCUCUCACGCCCUUGUUCUUGAGCGAUAGACCGACAAAUCCUUUGAUGAAAUCCGAGACGGUCCUACAAUCGCCUCCUCCCCCGUUGCCCUGCAGAUCACCAUCAAACACCGACCCGCGGCCACCUGCCGCAUCGCUGGUGUCACUGUCUGCACUCUUUGAUGUGAACAACACAAGACCAUCAUCAGCUCAAAUACAGCACAUAGUCGAAUCCCAGUUCACUCGCUAA